GUUUAUUUAUUUAUUUAUUUUUGGGUGUAGUAUCUUGAUGAAAACAAGUCAUUGAUUCUGAAGAUUGUUGAGAGCCAGAAUUCAGGAAAAUUGACUGAAUGUGCAGAGAACCAGGCAAGACUACAGAGAAACCUCAUGUACCUGGCUGCAAUUGCUGAUUCUCAACCCCAACCACCCACCAUGCAUGCUCAGUUCCCUCCUAGUGGCAUUGUUCAGCCAGGAGCUCACUACAUGCAGCACCAACAAGCUCAACAAAUGACACCACAGUCGCUCCUGGCUGCACGCUCCUCCAUGCUGUACACCCAACAACCAUUUUCGGCCCUGCAACAACAACAAGCCAUCCAUAGCCAGCUUGGCAUGGGCUCUGGUGGAAGUGCAGGACUUCACAUGCUGCAAAGCGAGGGGAGUAAUCCAGGAGGCAAUGGAACACUGGGGACUGGUGGGUUUCCUGAUUUCAGCCGUGGAACUUCUGGAGAAGGCCUGCAGGCUGCAGGCAGGGGAAUGGCUGGUGGGAGCAAGCAAGAUAUGGGAAAUGCGGAAGGGCGAGGAGGAAACUCAGGAGGUCAGGGUGGGGAUGGAGGUGAGACUCUUUACUUGAAAGCUGCUGAAGAUGGGAAUUGAGAGAUAAGAAAUGAAGCUAGUUGUCUGUUAACAUCUGAACCUAGAAGAGUUUAGUAGGAAAAGACCAACUGAUAAAAAUGAUGCUUGAACAACUUAUGUGAUGCAAAACAAGGUGGACACUUACCCUUUAGACCUUGGGUUUGAUGUUUUUUUAAGUCGUGAGACAAAUGCAUCUUGUGGUAGUGCAUCAUGUAAAUUGUAGGUUAUAUCCUUAUGUGCCUUGAUUUUUGUUCAGCUGA